AUGCCUCGCGGAGAUAAGAACCAGGACACUUGCGCGGAAUCGGGAAAAUCGAAACUCGCUUCUAUUCCGCAAUCGAAUAUCGCCACUUUCCCUAUCUUUAAAUCCCCCCCGAGUCUUUUCAAGCUAGCAAUGUUGAAACUGCGUUCGACUCAAACCUCGCGUCUUCUACGGCUUCCGACCCGUCUCUGGAACCGUCACCAAACAACAAAGCCCUCUGGCACCACCACCACCAAAAACGCGAGGGCAUGCGAUGAUGACGAAGAUGUCACAUCGUCAUCACUCACAAACGAAGUGAACUCCGCAGUGGUAGAUCGAAUGAAACAGAUCCUAGAAGAGAAAAUCACGUCGCAGCUGAGCAUCACCGACCUACGCCGCUCGCAGGACCCCGGCAUCCAAACCAUCCUCACCAAAUACGACUAUGGCUCGCAAGACUCACACACGCAAGCACAGUCGUAUAUCAAGAGUGAGCCCUUGCUAGCGCAUAAUAAACACGCACGCGACAUAUACAACGCCAAGCCCUGGACGGGCACCGAAUCAACCCACGAUGCAAAUUUGCGGAUGUUGGGGGACUCAGCUCCGCCGCGGCAUGGCCCCGUGGGCGCCGUAUUGCGCAAGAGACAGGUGAGCCCGCGGGAGAGAUUGAGCAAUGCGCGUGAUGGAAGCUUAAACUAUAAAUUGGAGAGCAACAAGAGCUCGCGCGAAGAAGAUGACAAGUUUCGCGAGAUGUACCGUGAAAAACUCCUUGGACCCGCGGUGCUCCUCACCCCGUCAACGUCGAUUGACUUUGUCAAUAGUCUCGCUGGCAACAGGAUCAAUGCCGCGAUAAAUCAGCAGACUGGCAGAUUCGAUCACGCGGAGAUGGAGUCUGUGCGAGGCAAACCUUUGACGCAGGAGCACUUGAACAACUGCACCGACCUGAACUACUUUAUGAACCAGAUCUUGAACAAGCAGGAGGUGUUGCCGCCGUGGAUCGAGGCUCAGCAGAGCAUAGAUCGCAACGUGCGCCAGUUCCGCGUGGCGGUCGAUGAGAUGUGGUUCAAGUGGAUCGUGAAUCUGAGCGUGAUGAAGCUGGUUGUGGAUCGUGCGCACGUUGUCGAUGAAAUCUUGCACUUCUACGAGGUCAACGUUGCCAGGAUCACGUUCCUGGACAGCAACACCUUAGCUGAUCUGGACUUGAAAUACAUCGAGGCGAAAGUGAAAUCGUUAAAUGAUCAAGUUCGCCAUUAUAAUUUACAGUGUCCCAGCCUAAGUGGACAUAAGAUGAAGUUGGACGCGGCAAAGGAAAUUAGGGAUUCCUACUGGCGAAGUUUGGAAGAUUUCCCCGAGCGCAUUGAAAAAUGGUUCCAAGUGAACAAGAUGACGCGAAAGUCAAACUUGGUUGACAGUUCAUCCUCCGGUGCCUCGAGGAUGUUCAAGGCGUUGAGCAUCAAGAACGGGCCUGAAGUUCACGUCAAUAGGGACAUCGACACCCGGUUGCAUCUAUGGAAGGCAAUCAAGGAUAUCUUCAAACCUCAGCCACACCGAAGAUACUGA